AUGAUUUCCCGGAUCAGGAGUACAAGUAACCCUGCGAGUGUGCCAAGUAGCCACUCUUCUCCUCCCGCUCUCAUCAUCCCCGUAGCUCCCACAUUCAAUCUACUUAGCGGCCCCGUCGCCGCCCCUAGCGGACCCGUCGCCGCCCCUAGCGGCCCCGUCGCCGCCCCUAGUGGCCCCGUCGCCGCCCUUCGCGGCCCCGACGCCGCCCUUCGCGGCCCCGUCGCCGCCCCUAGCGGCCCCGUCGCCGCUCUUCGCGGCCCUGUCGCCGCCCUUCGCGGCCCCGUUGCCGCCUCUAGCGGCCCCGUCGCCGCCCUUCGCGGCCCCGUCGCCGCCUCUAGCGGCCCCGUCGCCGCCCUUCACGGCCCCUUCACCGCUGAGCCGCCGAGCCGCCAAGCAGCCGAGCCGUCGAGCUACCGAGCCGCCGAGCCGCUGAACCGCCGAGCCGCCGAGCCACCGGGCCGCCGAGGCCGCCGUCGAGCCGCCACUACCGAGCCGCUGCCACCGCGGUUACAGCCCUAUUCCUACCGGCGCGCCCCGGCCCUACCCACACGGACUGGGUCGUGCCUCUCCCUCCUCCCCGUCGUCGCCUCUCCCUCCUCCCCGUCGUCGCCUCUCCCUCCUCCCCGCCAUCGCCUCUCCCUCCUCCCCGUCGUCGCCUCUCCCUCCUCCCCGCCGUCGCCUCUCCCUCCUCCCCGCCGUCGCCGCUCCAUCCUCCCCGCUGUCGCCGCUCCUUCAUCCCCGCCGUCGCCUCUCCCUCCUCCCCGCCGUCCCCUCUCCCUCCACGUGGUUGCCUCUCCCUCCUCCCCGCCGUCGCCGCUCCCUCCUCCCCGCCGUCGCCUCUCCCUCCUCCCCGCCGUCGCCUCCGGCGACAGCGUGGAUUAUAUUCGUGCGUGCAUCUUUGAGGAGGACUUGCGGCGGCGGAGUGUGGAGCGCUCGGCGGAGGGGGCUGGCUAUGGAGCUGGAGGUGGAAAGAGUGGCUUCAAGAAUAAGUGGAAGGGAAAGAACAUGGACAACCCUAAGGAGGAUGGCAGUGGGGGUCAAGGGGAGGUGUGCUUCUACUGCAAGAAGCGAGGACAUCGUUGGCGGAAGUGCUACCAACGACCCAAGGAUUGGAUCCCGCCUUCAUCAAGCAACCAGCGUGGUGGCACGAUGAGUGGGGGAGUCAUGGGAGCUAGUGGAGAGGAGAAGGAUGAGGAGAAAGGCGGCAAAUCUGAGGAGCGGAAGGCCGGGUUCUUCUUCGUGAACGAAGGCGCAACCGACCUCGCUAAGGCUGCCAAGGCAGCAAUGGCGGCAUCUAUGGAGGAGAGCGUCACUGAGGAGGAGUAG